AUGGUUAUGAUAACCUGCCCUUGUGGUCGGCUUCGCAAGGAGAAACGCUGCAAUGCCGCCCGAGCCGCCACUAAAGGCCAGACAACUCAAAGCGAGAUCCCAUCAGCUAGCGCGAGCCUGAAGUGUGACGAUGAAUGUGCGCGUCUUGAACGAAAUAGGUCUCUCGCAUCAGCAUUAAAGGUUGAUAUCGAUCCAUCCACAACGUUGGCUCAGAACACUUCAUCUCAAUUGCCCAAUACAACCAUGCCUUAUUCGGAGGAAACGCUCGACUUGUACAUUCAGAUUUCAUCAUCAGCGACACUCUCCGCCCUCCAGGAUUACGAAGCAACACUUCACGGUCUUGCAGCAAGUGCUACUCAACGAUCGGUUCGAUUUCAGCCUGCCAAGACCCCUCUCCGCGCAUUUGUGCAUUCUCUUGCUGCGGACUGGGGAUUCGCUUCUGAGAGCUUUGAUCCUGAACCUCAUCGCCAUGUCUUCGUUCUCAAACCAACACAGUGGACUUCUCCCGGCCUGGGACUUGGUUCCGGUAUCGGUAUUCGAGGAAUAUCUGUUGGUGAAUGUGUCCGGAUUCGCGAUCGCGAACUCUUCAAGGAGCGAGAAGCCCGACGCAUAGCAGCUGCCGAGGCGAAAGCCUUGCGUGAUGCUCUCAAGACACCAUCUGCUGAAACGGGAGACGGUGGUGGUGGAUGGGCUCAAGUAGCUUCCACGAGAAAGAGACAAACGGAGAACAACUCGCCUGCCAGCGUAACGCGAUCAGGUACACCACUGGCUGCACUUGGCAGUCGAGGCAUUGGCGGUACCGGGUCGAUGUACGCUGCCUUGGGGCUUGAUGUUUCAUCCUCUUUUAGCAGUGCCAACAUUAUCCCAUCGAAGAAGAAAGAUGGCCUUCUUGUCCUCCGUUCAGGAGUCGGAUCCUCGAAGAAGAAAUCCGAGCAACAACAGCAAAAUCUCGAGGACCUUGCGGACAGUUGGGAGGAGCAAGUCGAGCAAGAGGAGCAGCAGGAAAAGGAAGAGGAAGAAAGACGGCGAACUAGCGAAGAAACAGAGCGUUUGGAUUAUGAUCAGCAGACGCCGGUAGAGGAUCACAAUGUUGGGGUUGGCGCUGACGUCGUUGUUUCAUCUGAUUAA